CAGGAAUAUCACACAAACCUUAUCCAAAAACUGGGAAUAUCUCCUCCAUCUUAUCUCUUUGAACUCACCAACCCAACUCCUAUAGAUGCACCACCCAAGGCAUCGGAUCCUGAUGAUUACUUGACACCCCACAUUAAGACUCACACCAGAACCAUGCAGACAUCAGUAAUUUUUGCAGCAGCACCAUCUCUCCCACUAGUGUCCACCACCAAGUCACUUGGGUCUCCAUGGAAGUUCAUGCCAAGGCCACAAAGUAGUCGUUUUCCUCUCGUUAAAGCACAUGCCGUCCCACGCGAUACGUCUGCUGUCGACUAUAACUCCAUGACCUCUGUCUUUCCAGCAGAGGCUUGCGAGACAAUUGGAGGGGAGGCCUGCGAUGUGGAGAUGUACCCAGAAGCGAAGCUGAAACCGGAACCUCAGAGCAGCAACCCCGGGACUUCUUCCGAGCUGGUCGACAGAGAGUACUACGAGUACGAUAGUCCCAAGACGGUGUUUCCUGGAGAGGCCUGUGAUGAUCUCGGAGGAGAAUUCUGUGAGGCUGAAUUUCAAAGAGGAGUGUACUGAGAGAAGAGCUUCUGUAGAUCAAUCUGCUGGCUGAGGUAUAUCAAUGUCACUAUGCACUGUCUCUUCUCAUGCCAAUCCUUUGUGUGUUAUGUAAUUGGAUAUCCUGUAGCUGCAUAUACACCUGACAAAUCCAUCCGCAGUAUGGACUUGAUCUUGUGAUAAAGAUGAGAUUUUAGUUCUUGGAGUA